ACGAUUGCGAUUGUGAUAAGUGAACGCUUCCUAUCGAGAAACCUCCUCCGGCUGGAAUUCAAAUCGUCAACUUAGGCUUACAAGUUAAAUUCGUGAAUCCUUUCUAAACCGAAUCUAUUUAAUUACCUGGGAUCAUCACAUCGCCCGUUUAUUCACUUUUCGUCACAUAAAUAGCUUGCAAUAUGUCUGCUGUGAAGAGCGAAGACAGCUUCCAUGACUGCACGACCCUGGAGCCGUCUUUGAAGAACAUCCUGGACCAGACGACGUUGAGGUGGGUCUUCGUCGGCGGCAAGGGUGGCGUUGGAAAAACGACCUGCAGUUGUAGCUUAGCGAUAAAACUUGCUGAAGUGAGACCCUCUGUCCUUAUUAUUUCCACGGACCCAGCACAUAACAUUUCAGAUGCAUUUGAUCAAAAAUUCACUAAAACACCCACCCUGGUCAGAGGGUUCACCAAUCUCUAUGCUAUGGAAGUGGACCCAAAUAUUGGAGUGAAUGAGUUACCAGAAGAAUUUUUUGAUCCUGAAAAUGAUUCUGUGAACAUAAACAAAGGAAUACUUCAGGAAAUAGUUGGAGUUCUUCCUGGCAUAGAUGAAACUAUGAGCUAUGCAGAAGUUAUGAAAUUGGUAAAAAGCAUGGACUUUUCGGUGGUAGUGUUUGAUACUGCACCUACAGGGCAUACAUUACGUUUAUUAUCUUUCCCUAAAGUCGUGGAAAAAGGAUUAACAAAAUUAUUGAGAUUCAAAACAAGGAUUUCACCAUUCAUUACACAGAUGAGUUCUCUGUUUGGUGUUCAGGACAUGCCUAUAGAAUCUAUUAGUAGGAAAUUGGAAGAAAUGCUAUCAAUAAUAAAACAAGCGAAUGAACAAUUUCGAGAUCCGGAACAAACAACAUUUGUUUGUGUUUGUAUUGCUGAGUUUUUGUCUAUAUAUGAAACAGAAAGACUUGUCCAGGAGCUUUCAAAGUGUGAAAUAGAUACACACAACAUAAUUGUAAAUCAGUUGUUAUAUCCGGCCAAAGAAACAGGUUGUGCUAUGUGCAAAUCACGCUUUGAUUUACAAGCAAAAUAUCUUGACCAAAUAUCAGAUCUGUACGAAGAUUUUCAUAUUAUAAAGUUACCACUUUUAGAAAAAGAAGUGAGAGGAAUUGAAAAGAUGGUGCAAUUUGGGAGAAAUCUCGUUCAUCCUUAUGAACCCACCGACUAAAAAAUAAAAUUUCUAUGUCUAUUAACCUCACCAAAAAGUGUAAGGAAGAAGUUAUUUGCAUGUUUCUUUAAAAAUUUAAAAUAUUGGAUGAAAUAAAUUCUUCGGCCUAUAUCAUAGUGUUUGAAAGAUUCUCUAAAGCUUUGUGAUGAUUUAAAUAUAUCAAAUAUAUUUACAACAUGCUUUCACUUCAGUGAAAGUGUAAAAGCACUAUGAUUUGGUAAUAAAUUUAA